AUGCCACCCUCCCGCUCCAGCCUAACAAGCGACCACGAGAGACUAGAACCACGCCUUCUCCGCGCAGCAGAAACAAACGACCCAGAAGCCCUGUCACACACAAUAUCCCUCGCGCGCGACACAAAUCAACUAACAGACAAUUUCCUGCGCAUAGGAUUGAUGCGCAGCGCCGAACGCGCAAACAUUGCCGCAACAAAAUACCUACUGUCCAUAGGCGCAAAGACAGACGUCGCAACCACCCGACUCUCCCCGCUUCACCGCGCCGUCGAGCGAAAUCAUUAUGAGAUUGUGGAGUUAUUGCUUGGCGCUGGUGCCUCGGCGGAUUGUGUUGAUAAGGAGGGGCGCACGCCGCUUAUGAUGGCUGCUUGGAAGAAUCAUGGGAGGAUUUUGGGGUUGUUACUUGCCCGUGGGGCGAAUGUGAAUAAGAAGGAUUUGAGGAGGAGGAAUGCUUUGCAUAAUCUUGCCGCUGAUAAGGAUUGUCGGUGGGGAUGGGGGGAGGAGGUUGUUAGGUUGUUGUUGACGACUAAUGUUACGCUUGGGGGGGAGGAGGGUGUUGAUGAAUUGGGUAGGACGCCGUUGCAUUGGGCUUGUGCGAGUGGGAAUUGGGGGCUUGCUGAGAUGUUGCUUGCCAGCCGGGAGACGGGGAAGGCGAUUGAGAUUGAUGCUGUUGAGUUGAGGGGGAAGACUGCUUUGCAUGUUGCUACUGCUCAUGACCGUAUUGAUAUUGUGCUCUUGUUGCUUGAGCAUGGGGCUUCGGUCAAUGCUGCUAGUGACGGUGGUUGGACGCCUUUGCAUAAUGCUUGUGAUAAGGGGUGUGAGGGCAUUGUGAGGAUUUUGCUGAAGGCUGGGGCGUUGGUGAAUGCUCAGUUGUUGAAUGGCGUUACACCUUUGCAUCUUGCUGCGCAGGGUGGACAUCGCGAGGUUGUGGAGUGCUUGCUUGAGAGAGAUGAUUUGAAGAGGAGGGUCAGGGAUAAUUUUGGGAGUACGCCGUUUCUCAGGGCUGCGCAAUUUAAGCGCAAGGAUAUUGUGUUGUUGUUGGCGCCGUUUAACAAUGUCGAAUCUCUGUCUGAUGAUAUCAAGGAUGCCUGUGCUGCGUUUGAUGCGACGGUUGUUGAUUUUGGCAACUUCCACAAUGAGAAUCGCGUCAAGCGCAUGUCUGUUUUUGAUCUGCUGUAUGGCAGGGAUCGAGAGAAUCCUCGCAAGCAGGCUGUGACGACUAUUCCGGCCGAUAGUCGCGCGACUGAUUUCAGGUGGAUUCAUCUGCCUGCUAAUAAUAUGGCCUGGGUGGAAGCUUUGCUGACCAAAUCAUUUAUUGAGGAGGGGGCUCAUGAUGUUGAUGGUUUUAAGGGACUGGAGAAAUCGUUCAACUAUCAACAUCGAGGUCAGCGGACUCAUUCACAUUUCAUGCGGCCGUUGUGUCAAAACACACCGCGGACGAUGAUGCGACGAUGGGAGGAAGAGAAAGAGAAAGAAACCGAGGAGGAGCUGUCAGAAGGACAAGCCAAACCAGAGCAUACAUCUCGCAAACAGAAAGGCGGCAAGAUGGAGCGAGUCGAUUCACACUCCCAAGAUGAACCAGCGAAGAAAGGCAAAAGCAAUCAGAACCAGAAUCAGAAACGUGGCAAGUCGGGAAGUGUACCAGGGACCCCCAAGUCUGAAACAAAAGGCAAGUCGCCUUGGGGACCGAGUGAGAAACAGACUCGAUCAUCGCCUCUGUUGUCAUCAAUGUGCAAAGACCCUCAUCCUCUUGUCUCGGCCUGUAACAUCUGCGUCUUCAUGCCAUACCUCCACUUCGAGACAACAGAGCGAAGACAAAAGAUGCAAGAUGCUAUUCAACGCGCCGAGACAUUGGAAUUCAUUCCAGGAGGAAUGAAGAGAAUGCGCACAAGAGACGAAAUGCUCAUCGAUGCACAUCUCUCAUCCUCCACAACCUCUCUGCACGUCCGCAGAACACUAGACCAAUUCUUCUACCCAAAUAUCGAUACCAGGAGCCGCGACCAGGACCAAGUGGUAUAUCGAUACCAAACCAAAAGUCCAGGGAUGGGUUCCGACCCCAAGAUCUUCAUGGUCGACCAACUGUGGAUGUGGAUUCUCGGCACGAACCUCAUUGUCACAGGGUUCCCACAAAGAUGGGACCAACCCAAGAACGACCCGCUCAACGUACUAGAUGGGAUUAUCGAGGAUAUCAAUUCCAAGACUCGCGACCCGGUCAAGUCAGUAUAUGACCUAGCAAUUAUCAUUACAAGUCGAUGCUCGGGAGUCUUUGAUCGACACCGGCUAGGCGAUGAGGAAUACCAAUUCCUGGAUAUGUUCGAGUCAUCCAUCGGUAUAGCAACGGACAAGGAGACUCUUCUAUUUAACCAAUUCAACCACGCCUCCGUGCAAGCAUCCGACUGGCUAAAAAGCCACCGCAAGCUCAACGGAUCAUUCUCAAAAUCGGUCGACGAAGAUGGCCUGACAAGCGAUUACUGCGACGAAGACGGUCAACCACUCUUCGUUGACCGGCUCCUAGACAUCGGACAAGAAACCGAUCUCUUAGCCGAAACAAAAGACAUCCGCGACGAACUAAACAUGAUACGCACAGUCCUUGAACACCAAAAAUACGUCCUGAUCGAUUUCCAAGAUGUUAUUUGCGAGACAUAUCAAGGCCAGCAUCGCUCCCAGGUCGAAGUGAAGAAACGGUUCAAGGAUCAGCAGCGCGUUAUCGAUAUGCACCUCAAGGAUAUCGAUCGAAUGGAUAAACAGGCCGAACGCAUCUACCACUCUAUCACUGACCUGCUAGAUCUAAAACAGAAACAUGCCAAUGCCUUCGAGGCUCGCUUUGCGCGUGAUCAGGCUGCUGGUACUACACGCCAGAGUAAGACGAUUAUGGUCUUCACCAUUGUCACGAUCGUCUUUUUGCCGCUGUCGUUUAUCACGUCCAUUUUCACGAUCAAUAUGAAGGAAUUCGAUAAUUUGAAUCUUGGCUAUGUGGCUAAGUAUACCUUCGGCAUUGGCUUUGCGAUUUCCAUCCCGCUUGUCUGGGUUGCCUUGACCGUUGAUGAUAUUGGUGGUUUCUUCCGUGUUGGCAGUCGGCGCUGGCUGGCUGGGCGGAAGAAGGCUGCUGCGCCGGCUGAACGGGAGGGACCGUUGCAGGCGCUGGAGAUGGAGAAGAUUAUUAGCCUGUCACGUAUGCGUCGGAGUGUGGACGUUGAAUAUGGGGGAAAUUUGUUGCCUGUGUCCACGCGCGGCUCUGCCGUGUCUAAGCGGCCUGGUUUAUAUGCUAAUGGUUUGGGCAAUGGGGUGAGGAAAAGUUAUGAUGCUCGGUCAAGUAAUGACUACAGAUCACGAUGA